GACAAAAGCAUAUUGAACACACUCUGGGGCUAUCAAUAGAUUUUUGGUGACCGCUGAGCGUUUUAACUUGGUGACUGGUUGCGACAGCAGUAGCACACACUGAGGAAUGAUCGGAGCUGACGAGUCGUAUUGCUCACUCACACACACACACAACAACACGACACUCUUAAUGGACUAGGAGAACACAGGUCCAGUGAUCACAGGAGCCAACCUAACUGUCGCCUGACUCUCUCUGUGUGUGUCUCCCCGCGCCCAGCCCCUCCAGUGGACCGCGACUCUCGAGUCUGGUGAUCAGUGAUUCCAUCUCGGUACUCGCCGCCGCGUCGUCCAUCUGCCUGUGUGCUGCUGCUGCCUGGCUGCUAAUCAAGCGCUCGAUACAACGUUGUCGCAUCCUCUCUUUAUCUCUCACUGUGGCUUUAGUUAGUGGAUCCCCGAUAACUGCACCGGUCGCCGUUCCAUCCCCGACGAUCAGACUUCGGCCUCGCGGUGUCAGGAUGCAUCCCUACUACUACGUUCAGUAUAUUCCCAUUACUGUCAAACAGCCCGACAUGGUCAAUGAAAUGAAAGUCAACUGGGCAACAUCACCAAGCAGUGCAGCAAAAACAGAUACAAGCAAGUGGUUAAGAUCAACGUAUGAGCACUUUCACAUAUUUGUCGGUGAUCUCAGCCCAGAUAUAGAGGGACACCAGUUACGAGACGCUUUCAAAGUGUUUGGAGAAAUAUCAGAUUGCAAAAUUAUACGAGACCCACAGAGUAUGAAAUCCAAAGGAUAUGGUUUUGUCUCAUUUGUUAACAAACUGGAUGCAGAAAAUGCAAUUAGUGGUAUGAAUGGUCAGUGGUUGGGGAGUCGGCCGAUCAGAACGAAUUGGGCGACGAGGAAACCUCCGGCUCCGAUGCAAAAAGAAAACCGCUGGUCAUCAGAUGUAAAACCACUAAAUUAUGAUGAGGUGUAUGGCCAGUCGAGUCCCACGAAUUGUACGGUAUACUGUGGAGGAGUUGCAACAGGUUUAACAGAGGAAAUACUUAGAAAAACGUUUUCACCACAUGGUACUAUACAUGAAAUCAGGGUGUUUAAAGACAAAGGAUAUGCAUUCAUCAGAUUUAAUUCAAAAGAAUCUGCAGCUCAGGCUAUUGUCGCUGUGCACGGUACGACAAUCAACGAACAGGUAGUCAAGUGUUCCUGGGGCAAAGAGUCGAAUGAUCAGGCGCAGACGGGCCAGACUCAGGUAGACGACACGUUCUCGGGUUUUUCCACUGUCUUGCAACAAGCUCCUCAGCAGUUCCAGCAGCCCUCCUCCCAGUCAUCACAAUACGGGGGAUUUUAUAACGUCGGCUACUGGGGUGGGUACCCGAGCGGGGCAAACGCCUACCAAAACAUGGGCCAAGGAGGCUACAUUCCAGCACAAGGAAUGGGCGGCCAGUGGCCUGCUAGUGGAUACAACUACCAAGCAUAUGGUAGUAUGUCUAAUAUGGGCGUCCAACAGUUUGGACAGAUGAUGCAACCCGGACAGCAGUUCAACGGACAGCAGCAAAGCGUGAUGGGAUAUCCUAUGCAGAUACCAGUCAGCACAGUGACCUUUCUAUAACUUUGACAGCGGGGGAAUGCGAGUUACCUGGGGAUAAGUUGACCCGUGCUUACAUCUGGCAUCGAAUCUGGCACCUGGCAUCCGAGACGACAAGGAAAGUGAUUCGAGUCUGGUUGAAGCUGCUGGCGUCUUUACACUCGUUGUACAUAGUGAUGGAUAGCGUAGAUCAUAGUCCUGACAUCUGUAUGUCCUUGUGUGUGUCCCGUUUUGUUUCAUCAGAUGUUUUAAUGUUGGCCAAAGUAGGGAAUUUGGUUUUACCACAUCGUACUCUCGACUUGUAAGGUAUAAUAUUGAUCACGAUGAAGCUGUUGUUAAUAAUAUUGAUAAACCCUGUACAGUGUUUGCAAUGACAAAUGCUCAUAUUUAUUAUUGGAAAAAAAUGCACUUCCUGUGAUUUUGUUUUUGUGGUGCAAACUGGCCUCAAAUAACCAUAUUUAAAUGAGGUGUGUUUUUUUCUCUUUUGUUUUCUUUCAUAUAUUUAUAUGAAUCCAAACUCUUGAUAACAGUAUAUAACAUCUGUUUUUAAUAUAACUGUUAAUAUCACAUGCCUGAUGGUUCAAAACAUUUUAUAUCUGUUAAUAUCACAUGCCUGGUGGGUCAAAACAUUUUACAACUGUUAAUAUCACAUACUAGAUGGUUAACACUUUUUUUUUUAAAUAACUUUUUAACGCUUUUCCAGCAUCCUAUUAAUAAUCCCGAUUGUAAAAAUGUGUAAUGUAGAUAGCUAUCUGCAGUAUUUGGUUUGUCCCAUGUAAGUAUGUACAUCAGGCUCUUAGCUCUUUUUAAAUAUAUUUAGUGCAAUGUAAACUGCUGUGGGCACACCCUUAGUUUCGUUGUCCUCUUUUGACCCCAUUUAUUAAUGUGAAUAUAUCAAUCAUCUUACUUUAUUUGAAGUACUUCUUGUGAAGAAACACUGUACAGAACGUAUUAUAAUGGCUAAACAUAAUUUUAUUGUUAAUAUUGUUAAUGACGUAUAUCUCAUCUGUAAAGUUUAUCAUUUUCAUGUAAAAAAAACAAAAAACUUGUAAUAACAUCAAUCUUGUUUAAUUAAAAGACCCGACUGAGGUGAGAGACAAUUUCUCUAUAUUUUGAUAUGACGUAUUAUUUGAAGUUAUAGUCACUCUGCAAUGUACAUAUUGUUUCUAUGUGUGGUUUUUUUCUCGUGAUGUCAAUAGGGAGAGGUGUGUUUGUCUUGGUGGGGUUAAGUCGCCAAGAGAACCAGUGUACAAAUAAUAUUCAAUAAGAGUCUUUUACGUAUUCUUUUGUCUGUCUGUCCGUCUGUCUUGUGGUCCAAGAAUGUGUGUGACUUUAUCAGUUUUCUGUGGAGAUAGUAGUUAUUUGGUAUUGUAUUGUUGUUGUAGAAAAAUGCCUCAUGUUUUGACAGCAUUUUGGGUGAAAGGACUUGUACAUAAUAACAUUGCAUAGUGUUUUUGUAUAAACUGUUUCUUAAUAUGUCCUUCAAAAAAAAACAAGAAGAAAAAAUAUUGUAAGAAAGAAAACGCCUAAAAACAAUUCUUCUGGAAUUCGUUACACAAAUAACUAUAGAAAAAAGUAUUUAAAAGGAGGUUUUUUCUACCUAUUUAAAGGUGUGCUUUUAAAAAAAAAAACCCAGAAGUGCAUUAUAAAAAGGACUACAUAGAAACAAAGAAACACGCCAAGAUUUUGUCUUUAGAAAAAUUAAUCUAUCCCGGUUUUCUUCCUCACUUUACAAGUUAAUUUCUAUUUGAGCGAUGAGUUUGAUUCAAUUUUCUACAACCGUAACAACAUGAAUACUGAAAAUUAACAAAACUGAACAUGAUCAAUUACUGUUGGUAAUUAGUCUUGUAUGUCAAUACAAAAAUAAUUUCAAAUAGUCUUUUAACAAUUUUUAUUUUAGAAAGUUGAGGUUGAGAAAAUUUUUUUUAAAAUUUGUACAUCUGAAACUCUUAACCAUUUAGGAAAAGCUUACAAGAAUCCAUAAAUUACUUUAAUACAUUGAAAUGAAUGAGAACAUCUCAAGUAACGUUUAUCUUGUACUAUGUGCGAUAUAAGAUCUCCCAGACAUUUUACCAUUCAAAAUUGAUGAAACUGAUGAGUUGUGCCCGGUAUAAAUUGAUCUGCAUAUCCCACCAUUUGAUUAAAUCACAAAAACUAACAUGUAAUCACGUGGGUUAAACCAUUGUGUACACAUACAAUAUUUAUAUGCAAUAAUAGCUAUGUUGUGGGGUUUAUUGUAUGAGGUGGUGCAUCAAAACUCUUGAAAACAGUUAUUUGUGAAGAUGAUUAGAUUUUAGAUAUAGUUACACGAUGAUGUUUGUUCACAUUUAUGUAUGCUACUCAACUUUUGAUAGAUAUUAACUCCAAAAGAUUAUUUAUCUUAAUUUUAUGGCUGAUUGAAAUACCUGUACAACCAAAUUUACCUAGAUGAAUAACAAUUUGUGGCAUUUAGACUGUAGCUAACUAGGGAAGAUUGGAAGGGGGUGGGGCAUAAAUAUCAAGAUUUGGUCAUAGCUGAUGUGUCCUUUGUUUGUGAAGACAAAAACAUUUGAUAUGCUAAAUUAGCAUUUUAAAUAAUACAGGGCUAUUUUAAGGAAAAACGCUAACAGACAAAUAUCCAACACCAUUAACAUCCACGCCUGCUAAACGUGGCAGUAUUCAUUAAAUUACUUACUAUGUAAGUCUUCAAAUAUUAACAAUUUAACACCUGUCGACAAACACUUUUCAUUUCAUCAUAAUACGACCAACACUUUUAGCCCUGGUUGUAUGUCACAGAAUUGUUUGAUACAUUGCGCCAAGAGCAGUCAGAUUAGCCUAAUACAUUAUACAGUAUUUAAAGUCAUGUCGACAUACACCCACAAACCCAUAUCUAUUAUAAACAUGAAGGAUACAUUUUAUAGCAACCCUGGGAUCUGCAUACUUGGCAAGAGACUAUGAGGUGUGUAAAUCUCCAAUUUCUCUCUCGCUCCCUAUGACUCCCCUGAGACGAGUUCUUCAAGGAGAGUAAUUUUUACCUCCACUUUGCAAGUGUAAUUAUAUGGUAUCAGUACAUCUUGAAUGGCUCCCUGUAAACUAGGUGAGCAGUCAAUCACUCCCCCUCAGUGUUUUCACGUCGCAGUCUUUAAAUGGCAGUGUGACAGUAUAAUUAUUAUCUCCUCCUCUCUCUCUCUCUCUCUCUCUCUAUCAAACAUUGAGUAGCGUAGAGUUUAGAACUGUAGAAUAUCAUAUUUGAUGUAAAUAUAAAUGUUGUUGCCAGACACUGAACACAAGUUGUGUACAUUUUUCCUUUGUUGUAAUGUCCUUUGUUCAUGAUAAUAAUGCUGAGUUUAUUCUUCCAUUUUCCUGCCUCAGUUGUUUAUAUUGGGAUUGUGGCAUCUUCUGUUCUCUGUUGACCAAAGGCGGUGUCUUUAACUCGUAUCAGUUUUAAUUAAUAAAUGUAUGUCUAUACAGCAUUGUCCAUAAGUCAAGUCUAUAGUUUUUUUUAUAUCCGUUGAAAAAGUGAAACUGUUAAUACUUGACAGUAUUUUCCAAUAUUGGUUGCCAGUUGCGUACAGCAUCACAAACUGCUUAACGACAUUAUCCAUGCUGUUAGUGACCAGAGACAGAAAGCUUUAAACACUAGUGUUAAAUUGUUUCACUGUCGCUAUAACCAAUAUAAUAUCUUGGUACCAAACUGUAUCCCAUUCAGGGUUAGGCUCAAGCUGAAAAAAAUAAAUUGUAGCCAAUUCAAGUUUCAUUGAGCCAAAUAGCAAAAAUGACAUUUUUCGAAUUAGCUUUUUGGCAAACUAGAAAUGAAAUAUAUUCGCUGAUUUAAACUUUUAUUUCGCAUUUCGUUAUUUGGCGAGUUAGUUUAAAACCUGUAGAUACAGCAGUGUGUUGAAAAUGUGGACUAGUUUUGUUUUUCUACCACUGUAACCAGUUGUACAGGUAGCAAAUGGUGGAACCCAGUCCUUCAGACUUCACAUCUGAAAAUAUCGGAUACUGAUAAAUCACUGAUUGGCAUUCAUAGGCAACAUCUUGAGUAAAGCUUGCACAUAUUGACAGAAAACGUUUUGAAUAUUAGCACACAUUGAACAAUCAUUGAAUUGGUAUAAUGAUCCUCAAAUACUAGGGCUGGUUGGGAUUAAAGCAACUUCUUUUCAAACAGCCAGCAGGAGAUUACCUAUUAUAUUUUUAGGCUGACAAUUAAAACAAAUUUCCGAGAUGAAAUUACGGUGCACAAAAGCAUAAUCGGAUGUGAAGGCCUGGGUACCCUCAUCACACUAACCAAUUGUCUGUACUGAAGAAUGUCACAUCCUCAUAACCAGUAUGUUAUUGUGUUAUUUACUGACAUUGAAUCUUACCAGUAUACUACUGAAUACACUAAAAAAGCAUCCAACUGCAGUAAUAUGACUAAAUAACAGUAAUCCACUGUAACUAUUGUUACUAAUACUGAAGAGUAUUCUAUUACUGUAAUAACCAGUACCAAAUAGUCAUAGUAUUUCCAAUACCAGUUAAACUCCCAAGUUGGUACUCCAAAGUUUGUCAUCUUUUUGGCAUUUGAAAAAAAAAAAAAUUAUUUAAACAAAAUUCAACGGAUUUUGUUAGCAGUGACAACUGAAUGUCGAUAUAUGAAUUGUUGCUUGUGAACAAUAUUUGAGUAAAUUCGGUGAAAGAACACACCACUGCUGCCGGUGUUGUGCUGGUAAUCCUGGUCACUCUACUCUUGUGAGGGGUCAGUCCAACGUUUGUGUGUAUCGGUAGUUGUUUGUAAUAGGAAUGCCACUUGAUGUACAUGCACCCAUCCCACAGUUUCAGCAGUCCUGUGGGGUUUUUUUUAAUAAUGAUAGUUGACAGUGUGAUCUUAGAUUAGCCACCUGAACUAUGUCUUGAUAUAACUAUUAUUACAUGUAAUAUUAGCAAAUAAAUUUAAAAUUCGAAAUCUAUUUCAGAAACAUUUUUCAGAGCAAAACGUGAUAAACUAUUAAUAUGCAUUGCUUGCUUGGAAUUGGGAUCCUGUUAUACAGUGACCCAUAUCUGCAAGUUGGGAAUAUACAUUAAACUUUACACUGGUACUACAGAAUAUGUACCGUAUUGUUCCUAUUUGUAGCGCCCCCUCUAAUAUAAGCACCCCCUAUGAUCACGAGAAAUGUAUCAUGAAACGUACCCGUAAAAUAGUAAAACUGGCGUACCUGACUGCCGACUUGCAAUGAUUAUAAUCGGUAAACAAAUAAAAUCCAAACAGGUGAAGCACUACGAUACUAGUAUGGGCGAACAGUAUGUCACACAUGUCGUUUAUCAAAUGUAUGUCGCUGUUAUCUCCACGCAGAAUGAACGCACGACACUCCGUUAACGCUGUUCAAAACCGGAAGUACAAACAUGCCGGUAGGUAUUUACACCGACACCAUAACACCGUUUAAAAAAUGGGUAAAUGAUAACUUUAACUAAACUGCAAACUGGAGUCAGAUGUCAACAAUUUAACUUUAACUAAACUUAAAACUAGAGUCAAACGACAAUAAUUUUUGUACACAGUGACAAUCGAAACGUGUCAGUUACAAACUACCGGCCAGAGCUAUCGUAGUCUGUGCUGUCUGACUGAUGAUUGACAGUUUGAUACAAGGAUUAUUCACACGUAUUACGAAACGUGUUCUAGUACUCUAAUUAGUGCGCCCCCUUUGUGUUUUGCAUCGCGCCCGGGCGCUACAAAUAGGAACAAUACGGUAGAUUGGUAUUUAGUAUCUGAAAUCUAUUGAUAUUUGCUUCACAAGACUAUCGAGUACAAUUCCACCAGCUAAAAUUUGGUAGUACAUGUAUCUAGAACAAUUAUCCUGACUAAACAGAACUCUCAAAACUGAAAAUAAGUUUAGUUUUUUAUUUCACAAUAUUGAAACAAUCCCACACUGUUCUGUUGUUUUUAAAACGUAUCUUGUUAAAUGGGAUAAAUCUAGUAUUAGUAUAGUGUUUUGUUCAUCUCGUUCUCCAGAAGCAACAUGUAGAUAGCUUUGACAGUUCAGAAAUACGAGGAGGAAGUUUUGCUGUUGGUAAUAAUUGGGCUUUGUAGUUCUGAAAAACAUACCUAUUGGUCGAAUGGAAUUUUCUGAUUUGACACUACAACUGUGUAUAUGAUUUAAUACUGUUGAUACUUGUUUUUAUUUAAAUAAGCUUGGCCUGUCUAUAGCCGUCAGAGAAUAUAUAUAUAUUAUCUAUUAAUAUGUAUAGAAAGAUCACCUUGGCCUUCAGUAAAGCGCUACAAAAUAUGUGCGGAAAGUGUCGACUUUCUGUGUCUGAAAGGUGUGCCAAAGUCAAAAGUUCAUUGUUGGUUUUCUUUUCCAGUCGUUUUACUUUUUGUAAGUUGUAAAUUAUUGUGAACAUGUGAACGUGUGGAUGUACUAUGUUAUGUUUUCUGUCGGCACUUCCCGGAACACAAACAGUUUGUUGAAAUGUUGUCUAAAAGUGUGAUCUUGCAUCAACCAGUUCAUUGAUUUUUUACAAACAUUCCUUCAGUUGAGAGACACUGUACAGCAAAACAUAUAUACCCCCAGAAUAUUGAGACGUGGGGGUCACGUAAGCUCUGGUAUCUUACAAAUAAAUAUGCUGUUUGCAUAUCAAAAUUGUCUAAUGAUUUUUCUUUCUAAAUUUUUUUUUCUUUCUUCAUCUUUUUUUUUUUUUUUGCAAUGAACAUGUUGGUUGGUUCAAGGCUUUUCUAAAGAACUGGACAGAUUGUUAUGAAAUUUGGUUAACAGGUGUAAAUCAUUGAGGGUGGCAAUAAAAUCAAGCUGUAAGAUCAAUGUCAGAAAUGUUUGUAAUACAUGAUCUUACUUUGAUCCAUGCAUACAACUCUUAAUGAAAAGAAAAAAACAUCAGUAAAAUGUACAAAGGUCAAGGUCACUGGUGUCGAUUCAUGUUAAAAUGUCAAUUGAAAAGAAAGGUAAAUUUCCAAGCAUGGGCCUUUUGUAUAUGAUUCUUAGUAUAUUGUACUACAGAUUGAAAAUAAUGAUUAACUAUUUUCUCCGUGUAUUUCAUGCCAGUUGUUGAACUGGUUAUGACAAAUAUUGUGUGGACUUUUCUCUGUUGCUCUGGUGUAGAACCACACGAUGGACUGGAAAAAUAAAGAUGACUGAUUUGUAAA